AUGGGUGCAGGGAUCACAUCACGAGAGCAUCUGGACGAGGCUGUCGAAACGUUGAUCCCUCUGAAGGGACAUGUUCGAAAGCCCCCAGUAGUGAGCGUUGAAAUGUUGCGAAGUGACUUCCAAGGAGUCGUUCUAAGUUUUGACGGUGCCGCAAAGCGCUCCACCAAGGAAGGAAGUUGUGGUUGUGUGUUAUGGCAGCUGCCUGAUUGGAAGAUUCUGAAAGCGAAGGGCUUCCUUUUAGAGAAUGUCACUGUAAAUGAUGCCGAGUACCAUGGACUUCUCGAAGGACUCAAGAUGGCCAUCGAAAUGAGGUUGCAAGACUUAGUCGCAGUUGGAGAUUCUCGAAUUGUUAUUCAACAGGUUCAAGGACUGAUCAACUGCAAUCAAUCACAUCUCCAAAAGCAUCUUGCUAAAGUUGAGACCUUGAUUCUGGACGAGUCAUGGGACGUCACCGACACGGCCAAAAUUGCGCACUUGGAGCACGUGUCCAAAAUCGCAGAGAAACUCAUGAAGGUGGAAGACCUCGACAGGAAAUCCGGAUACUGUCAAGAGACGUCGAACAGCCUACUGCAGAGUAUCGACAAAAUCAGCCGCGUGCUUGCAGCAGUAACGCGUUCCAAAAGCCAAGCCGAAUCCACUUCGAGGGACCGACCUAUGAACCCUUUGGAAUUCCAAGCUGAACGAUGGCGACGCAUCCGGGCGCAUCAGGACGCAGAUGAGUACCUGUCAGAGAUUAAAGACUUUCUGAAGGAGGACUUCGAGACGUUUUCGCCCAGAAGACUGAGAAAGGUUGCCAAGGUCGCCGAUCUAUUCGUACUGGACACUAGGGAUGUGUUGUAUCGACUAGCUCGCUCGACUCGCGAUCGCCCGCGUGGCUUUCAGGAUGAACCUCGACUCGUCGUUCCAAAAGCUCUCAGGGACGAUGUCUUACAUUACGGUCACGAAGACUUUCAAGGAGGUCACCAAGGCAUCACCAGGGCCCAUAAGAGGUUAUGCUCAGAAUUCUACUGGCCUGGGAUGUACGCGGAUGUAGAACACUUUGUGAAGGAAUGCGUUGAUUGUGCGAGUGGAAAAGGAAGACCUCCAAACGCGGGACCAUCGCCCGGGAAUAUUGAACCCCGACGACCUUUUGAAGUGGUUUCGAUGGACUUCGUGACUAACAUGCCAAAGUCCGACCAAGGGAAUUCGUUUUUGCUACUAUUCCAAGAUAUGUUUUCUGGGUAUGUGAUGUGCAAACCGAUGGAUUCAACCACCGCUCAGGAUGUCGCGGAAGCUUAUGCGGAGCGUGUAUUCCGGAACUUUGGAGCGAGUUCAAUGAUUCGGCACGAUCAAGACCCCCGUUUUAUGAGCGAAGUGUUUACUCGUUUUCGGGAACUCCUGAAUUGUCUUUGGGAUGCCGACCUCAAGCAAAUGGAUAACAGGAACGAUCUGUCCAAACGGUUGAGUAUUCGUGCCUAUAUCGAGCAAGCCGAUCAGAGUGACUGGGACGACCGUGCGGAAAGGCGGAUGUUUGCUUUAAACACCUUGUUCGACGCGACACGUUUAGAUACCCCAUUCUACUUGAUUCACGGUUGGGACCUACAAAGUACUUUGAAAGCGAUGUUGGGUCCGACACCAUCAAGUGUACCCAAAAGGACUGCUUAUGAGUGGAGACGAAAUGUUCAGAGAGACUAUAGCUACGCGAAAGCGUGUGCCGAGGACUUGCAGAACAAAGCCCGACGACAUCGUUCCGACCUCCAGACGCAAAAGUGGAAAGAGUUAUGCGAACGCCUGAAGUCAGGAUUUCAGAAAUGGGAUGCCGUAUGGUUAUACAUCCCUAAGGUGCAGACUGGGCUAAGUAAGAAGUUGACGCACUUAUGGCACGGGCCUUUUCGAAUUGAUAAAGUGUUGGAUGAUUUCAGAGUGAAACUGAAAGUUGACAGUACCGGUUACCGGGUCAAUCCAUGGGUUCAUAUUAGUCGUUUGAAGCCAAGAGCGUUGUUUUCCAAAAGAUCGACAGUCAGUGUGGAUGUAGAUGAAGAAGAUGGUUUCGAUGCUGCGUUACUCCCUGAAGACAGUUGGGAAGCCGAUGUCCAAAAGGAUGAGUAUGAGGUUGAGAAGUUUUUCGGAUCUCCGAUGAUCUAA